UACAUACUAUAAUUAUGUCGGACAGAUCUUCUGUAGAAAAUUGAUAUACUUAAGUCUCAGUAUAUAAUAAUUAUAAUUGAACUUUGGACUUAUUAGUUUCAGACUAGGAGUAAUGUCGACUAGGUUGUAAACAAACAAAAAUUUUACUUGGAAAGCAGAAUAGAAAUUAAAAUGUCACUUAAACUAUAUUAUAAUUUAAUGUCUCAACCAUCAAGAGCCUUGUAUAUAUUGCUUAAAACUGCAAAGUGCAAUUUUGAACCAAAAGUACUUAAUUUGACCAAAGGAGAACAUUUUUCAGAAGAAUAUACAGCAAUUAAUAGAUUUCAGAAAGUACCUGUAAUUGAUCAUGAUGGGUUUAUAUUGAGUGAAAGUGUGGCAAUUAUUAAAUAUUUAGCUCGAGAAAAUUUGAUACCAGAGAGUUUAUACCCAAAAGAAAGUAAAUUGCAAGCUCGCGUUGACGAGUUCUUGGAAUGGCAACAUAUUGAAUUGAGACUUCACUGUGCUAUGUAUUUUAGAACAAAGUAUAUGAAUCCAAUUUUGUUUGGUACAAAAUAUGAUGCAAAAACACUUGAGGGUUACACGCACAGGAUGGAGUCAGCAUUGGAGAAGUUUGAAACACAUUGGCUGAAUAAUGGGACUGAAUAUAUAGCUGGCGAUUCUAUCACAGUGGCAGAUCUGCUGGCAGUCUGUGAAAUAGAGCAACCAAGAAUGGCUGGCUACAAUCCGGCAGAUCAUUUUGAGGGUAUUUCUAAAUGGUCUAAGAAGGUUCAAGAGUAUUUCAACCCUCACUAUGAUGAAGCACAUGUUAUUUUGAAUAAAAUUGUUAACAAACAAGCCAAAUCAGCGGCUAAGCUAUAGAACAUA